AUGCCUCGUCGACAGCAGUCACGGGAGAAUGCAGAUGAGGUGAAGGUAGAUCUUUCUGGUGUGGCGAGUGCCUGGGAGGGCAAUGAACGCAUCCGAAGGGUGGUGUUGCCAUCGUCUUCCCUAUUGCAGUGGCUCGGCCCCACGCAAGUAGGUGUCAUUACCAUGGACACGCUUAAGAAGAAUGUACCAGUGAUGAUGGAAUUUCUGAAAGUCUACCUGCCCCAAGUGCCAGAGGGCAAGACAUGCAAUGUGGAGCUCAUUAAAGAACAGGAGUUCCGUCACCAGCUCGCCAUGGAUGAAUCUAUGGCUUCUGUGCACUGUGAGGGUGCUGCGAUAAAGUCCUUGGUCUCCCUCAUAAACCGUCGGAAUGAUGGAUGCAAACGAAGGGAUCCCCACCUACGGGAGCUCUACGAACUUGUUGUCCAGUACUGGGCCCCAAAGCUUCGCAAGUCCAAAAGUGAUCUAGAGAACCCCCCCAGUGAGAAAGAAGAGGAGGCUUCUCAGGAGCCAGUGGCACAGGAGGGGGAGGAAGAGGAAGAACUAGAGGAUGAUGAGGAGGUAGAGGCCCCAGAAGCUGAAGAACAGGAAGUGAAGGAGCCGGCAGAGCAGGAUGUGAAGGAGCCUGCAGCGGAAGAGAAUGUGUGCAAGGAUGGGAAUGUUGAGCUUCCGUAUCAGAAAUUGUUGGAGAACUUGGGGCUACCCUACAACACCCCUGAGCCCCCGUCUGCAUAUUUGCCGCCAGCCCCUUUGCCAGAGCCAGUCGACUUGAUCGCAGCACCCCCACCUGCAGCCAGCGUGGAUGAGCAGCUUCAGUUGAUUGAGCCUUCUAGCUUGCAUUUGGAGUAG